CAGCAAAAACUCAUCAUCACCCAGCUAUUAUUGCAAAUGCAUCUGUUUCACGAAAUGAAAGAAACGAACAUGUCGAUGAACAUUAUUGUCUUGCAUCCGUGAAAGGAGCAAAACAAUUUGCGGCCUUAUUUCCAACUCAUUCU